AUGAUACCCUUCGGCCGGCGUCGACGUUCUUCUCGGCAGCAUCAGCCACGACAACAACGAUCCACAUCAUUUUCUUCCCUAUCCUCUACAUUAUUCCCCUCACUGUCCUCUUCCACUACAUCUAGCCAUAUUAGCAGCGAUACACAGAUUAGCAGCGGCACCCAUGAAAAAGAACAACACAGUCAUCUUAGCAAACUCAAUAAAUUCAUCGUUUCAUCCAUCACUACCUCUUUGUCCUCUUUGCUCAGUAGCAACAACAAGACUGCAGGCACUAAACCACGCGAAAUAUGUCUGGACCACUUGCUGGAACAGUACUCUAUAGAACUCAAACAUUUAUACUUGAAUGCCAAAGCAGAGUUAGAUUGUGCUAUAGAAACACAGGGAUCCGUUUAUUACAAAGACGAUCGAGUCACUGCAGGAAAUGCAUUGAAAUCAUGCAAUGACAAAUAUUUUCAUGUGAUGGACUUCUUGGGUGACACAACACAUGCUAUCAAAUUCAAAUGUCGUUGGGAAAGAGAACUUGAAGAUUUACAAUCUGUUUUCCAGGACUUGCCAUUAAGUACGCCUCCCGUGAUUCUCGAAGAAGAGCACGAGCCCUCUACAGCUUAUCAGUAUUUCCAUAAAUACAACUAA